AUGAACAUCAAAAACAGCAAAAGGAAUAUAUUUCUAUUAAUUCGUAUUCUUACAGCUGAGGCACAUGGGUUUAUUUUCGACUCUUUUGGUUUCGGUGGUUGUCGACCAAUUACGAUGUUUUGUCAUUUGUCAUGCGCAAACGGAUAUGAGAAAGAUGGCGCUGGUUGCGAUAUCUGCCACUGUAAAGGAGUGGACACUCAUCUUCUGACGGGGGACGGAAGUCACCACCACAUUAAAAAUCCAUGUAUUCCUCACCAGAUGAAUUGCCCUUUGAAUUGUGAAUAUUACGUCAAGGGCGGAACCGGAUGUGAAUUUUGUAUGUGCGACAAUUCUCAUCACAACACAGUACAGCCAUCAUCAGACAAACCCACAACUUCUUCAGCUACAUCAGCGCCAAAAACUGCAGCCCCAACAACUUCCGCUUCCGGUAACACUACUGGCGUGACUACUCAUGAUCCAAUCGACUGCGAGCUUACAAAACAAGUCUGUGACCAAAAGUGUCAUGGCGAGUAUCUCAUUGAUCACAAAGACUGCACGUUUUGUGUUUGUAAAUCUGACCUUGGUUAGAUACCUGGAUUGCUGUUCUAAGCUGUCCUGUAU